UACGAAAACAAACAGGGAAAUACGGAGAAGCAUUUGUGAAACAUGAGUUGGAGAACAAGACCAUUGUUGAAACCUGAAGAAAAGCACUUGUAGAUGCAAGUAAUAUCUCUGGAUGGGAACCUAGGAACAUAGCCAACGGGCAUGAAUCAAAAGGCAUCAAACAGAUUGUUGUCGGAAUUUCACACAAGGUGCAUGUAACUUCAAGUGCAAAUGAGAACCUGAUAGGAAUAGCUGUUCGCAUGCAACGUUUGAAAUCAGAGUUACAAAUUGGUUCAGGUGGUGUGCUCAUGAUUGGAAUAUGGGGGGUUGGGGGUGGUGGUAAGUCUACUCUUGCCUCCUCAGUAUAUGGUGAAAUCUGUAGAGAGUUUGAUGGUUGUUGCUUUGUUGAAAAUAUUCGAGAGGAAGCAAGUAGAUAUGGCUGUGGAAAAUUACAAGAAAAAAUUCUUUCAGAAAUGAAUGUAAACAGAGUUGGGGGAGGAUUACGCUUGAUAAAUAAUAGGUUUUGCCAUAGAAAGGUUUUGAUUGUUCUUGAUGAUGUCGAUCAGCUUGACCAACUGAAAGCCUUGGCUGGAUCACAUGAUUGGUUCGGUGAAGGAAGCCGGAUAUUAAUCACAACUAGAGAUGCGCAUGUAUUAAUUGCGCACAAGGUAGAUGUAAUACACAAUAUUAGCUUGUUAAACAAUGAUGAGGCUAUGAAGCUCUUUCACAAGCAUGCACAUCGGGACCAAAGACCAUUGGAGGAUUAUGAGUUACUUUCAAAAGAGGUGGUCUCUUAUGCUGGUGGGCUUCCAUUAGCACUUACAGUUAUAGGUUCUUUUUUGUGUGACAAAAAUAUUCAUGAGUGGAAGAGUGCUUUAGCCAGAUUGAAAGAUAUCCCAAAUGAUGAUAUUGUGGGAAAGCUAAAAAUCAGCUUUGAUGGACUAACAAAGGUUGAGAAAGACUUGUUCCUUGAUAUUGCAUGUUUCUUUAGGUGGGAGAAGAAAGAUAGGGCAAUGGAGAUACUUGAUGCUUGUGGUUUUCAUCCUGUUAUAGGAGUGAAGGUGUUGAUACAAAAGGCUCUCAUAACUGUUUCAGAAUACGGAGAGUUUGAUAUGCAUGAUCUGGUGCAAGAAAUGGGACACUACAUUGUUAGAGUGGAGCACCCUAAGAAUCCUGAAAAACAUAGUAGAGUUUGGGAGGAUGAAGAUGUUCGAAAAAUAAGUGCUAUGGAUGCAACAACGGAACUUGACAAGAUUGAAGCAAUAAAGGCUUGUUACGAUAGCUUGCUACUAAAAGAUCAAAAUCUUACUCCGAUUGUUGCAAACAUGAAGAACCUUCGGUAUAUUGAAUGGGAAUUAGGUGAUCCUGCGAAUCCAUUGUCAAAUAACUUUCCACCAAGGGAGCUCUGUUGUCUUAUAUUGUCUAGAGCCUUGCAGAAACAACUUUGGGAUGGUUGUAAGUUGCUGCCAAAUUUAAAGAUAAUGGAACUUUGGUGUUCUAACCUAAUCAUGACACCAGACUUUGGUGGACUUCCAAAUCUUGAAAGAUUCAAACUCAAAGGAUCUUGGUAUUUAGAAGAAAUUCAUCCAUCGAUUGGAAGGUUGGAAAAGCUUGUUUCCUUAUGUAUUGAAGGCUGUGUACGUUUUAAGACGUUUCCACCCAUUAGCCGACUAAAGAAACUUGAGACCCUUUCCUUCUCAUACUGCCCCGAACUUUUUAAUCUCACAAUGAUCCAACAUCAAAACAUGGACAAUUUACCACAUCUUCACUUGGAUAAUAGUGGGAACAAAGUUGCAUCCCAUGGAAAAUCUUGGACAAACUCUUUUGUUACUUGGUUCAAGUGUUGUAGCAGCAAUCUUCCCGAAGUAGAAUGUUUUUUAGAGGAGCCUUCUUUACCUCACAACAACAUGAAGCGCAUAGGGUUUCAGUUUUUUCACAACUUGAAAGAACUUUGCUUACGAAAGUUGGAUCUCAGCCGUUGUGAUUUGAGAAAUGAAGUCAUAGGCUCUGAUGUUUGGGUGUUACCCAACUUGCAAGAACUCAACCUUGCUGAAAAUAAGUUUUCACGAUUAAGUUUUCGUCACGUGCAACUUCCUCGGCUCAAAUGGCUCAACGUGUCAUACUGCUAUGACCUUGUAGAAUUGUCAGAGCUGCCAUUAAGUAUAGCUGUUAUUAUAGCAGAUGGUUGUAGCUCACUUGAAACAUUUGGAGAUAUUGCAAACUGUAAAUGGUUGUGGAAAGUCUCAGUUCAAGGGGGAUACAAAUUAGGUCCACUUGGUAGUGACUUAUUACUAGACUCCAUUCUCCAGGGAAAUGCUAUACAAGAUCACUUUAUCAGUGUUACUCUUCAACAUCAGAUUCUAAAGGGGUUUGUAGGUAGGCUCUAUAGGGGGGACACAUUUACAAUGCGCCUUCCACAUGUUAGGAUGGACCCACAUACAAUGCGCAUUCGCCUUCCACAUGAUUGGUACAAUGACUUUUGUGGGUUCUUAAUACGCGUUGUUACCAGUGAUAUGAAUGCGGAUAUAAAUAUAAUCAUUAAGCAGGAGCCAGAUGAAGAUCCUCCAUUUGAGCUUUGGCAGGAUUCUAAACAAGCAGGUGAGCCCAAAUCUGAUGGAGAUUUAAAGACAAAUGUGGGAUAUGUUUCCUUUAAUUCAUUGAGACGAACCACAUUGUUGAAUUUAUCAUACGAUAGUAUUUCAUUUUCCAUAAAGAGGUAUUGGACUUCAUUUGCAGUUGAGCUCGUUUCUAGGAAAGGUAAAGAUGACCUCAUGCAAACAAGAAACGUCGCAGCAGAUUGCUCAGAAUUUUGGGAUGAUGAAGAUGAUUAUAGAAAGCCGUUUAGGAUUCAACAUGUUUCAAAGUCUUCUAUCAACAUUUUAUGGCGACCUUCGGACAACAUUUAACAAACCCACACAUAGAUCUCUAAAUUAUUUGCCAGUUCGUAGUCCACGCUCUCAAUGUUUUCUUGUAUGUUAUUAUUGUUUAAUUUAAUGAUCAGUGUUUUCAUUUACUUUUUUGGAUUUGUUGUGAAUAGAAUUCUUGGAAAAUGACAUUUCCAUGUGUGUCUCCCCUCCCUUCUUUCCCACUUUCCCCAUGAUUAGGUAUGUGGUUUUCUCUGUAUUCCCUAAUUUCACCAUUAUGAGUUUAUUCUCUUCUGCGACCCCCUUUCUAUGUCA